AUGAAUCCCGAGAUUCCCGCGCCCAGAGACAGCCAAGAUGUUCAAGAUGGAGGAACUGUUCAACAAGCUGUAGAACUGGUGGGUAAGAUGCUCGAGCAGAUUCAAAUUGAGCUUGAGAAAAUGCUAUCUCAACGUGGUGAAGUCCCAUCCGAAGCAGAUGCUCCCGAAAAUGAAAAGGAUGAGUCGCAGAAACGAUACAAAACCCUUGAAAGCAAUUAUCAGAAGAUAUCAGAAGAGCUUAAAGUCUUCGGCCGCCAAAUAGCUAGUGCACCCGACAAAAGCGGCCAAGUUCAAGCAGAAUUAAAACUUGCUCAGGCCAAAAAUGAUAUCGAAAAAUUGAAAGCCGAGGUUCAGAACCUUCAAGCUCAGUGUAACGACUAUCAAGCACAAGCACAAGCUCAUCAGAAUCCUCAAAAUGUACAAGAAUUAGAGACUCAACUUGAGGAACUCAAGAAUGAAAAUAAAGAACUGCAAAGAAAAAGAGUCGAACGGCUGGACAAGGACCCUAAUGUGUGGCGUCGGUGGGUCCACAGACACAACAGUGUGGAGAAGGCUGGGCCAAUGCCGCUGUAUGGAGAAAGAUAUAGAGACAUGUUACAUAUGCUGGAUAACUUCGUCUACUUCAACCUGGAUUGGAAACAAGAGCCGAAGAUGGAGCUUAUCGGUCAACAGAAAUGGAGAGACAAAACUUUGAGAUGGGCUUUCGAAACGAAACCAGACGUUGAACGAUAUUUUCGCCUCAGAAGGCCUGUCUUUCAAUUUUUGAGCGAUGAGAUAUUGCUUCAGCCAGCAUUCGGUCUUGAUGAUGAAGACGAGGGUGUAAAGAUGGAAGCUGGAUUUACAGCUUUUGAAAGGAAGCUCCGGGAAUCUUCUAAAGGUGAUGACCAGAUAGUGUCAAAUGUAAAGCUGGUCCUUGCUAAUGACUUUGCAGAUCAACUUUUCGAAAGUAUUGACUGCCAUAAUUGGAGAAAAUUUACCUACAGGUGUGCAAAGGUAAUUCGAGAGAGAGAUUCAGAGAGGAAGAUAGUUGCUUUGGCAUCAGCUUGGGAAGACUUCUUAAGACCUGUGCCAAAAAAAGGAGAUGUAAAGAUCGCCCAGAAAUUAAUGUUAAAAAUUUGCAGAGAGGCCUUCACGUUGAGUCAGAUUCUGAGAGCAGAGCCACUUGAUUAUUAUAAGAUAUAUUUUCCACAACCCGGAGAUUCAAUACCACCCGAGAAGAAGGAUAAAUAUAAUCCUGAAACAAUGGAGGUUCGGGGCGAGGAACCAGGAUUUCCCGCAAAUGAGGUUGGAACUGUUGCGUAUACUUAUUACGGCGGAUUGUUUUUCCGGGAUAUUCACCAACAGGAGGUGUGGAAUUCGCUUGUACCAGCGCAGGUAGUUGUGAAAGUGGCAGCGAGAGAGUGA